GUGCUGGAGAUCAGAAUUUAUUUACCUCUGUUUAUCCAACACUUUCCCAGCAGCUUCCAAGAGAACCGAUGGAAUGGAGAAGGUCCUAUGGCCGGGCUCCCAAGAUGAUUCAUCUAGAGUCUAACUUUGUUCAAUUCAAAGAGGAGCUGCUGCCCAAAGAAGGAAACAGAGCUCUGCUGACCUUCCCUUUCCUCCACAUGUACUGGACAGAGUGCUGUGAUACUGAAGUAUAUAAAGCUACAGUAAAAGACGACCUCACCAAGUGGCAGAAUGUUCUGAAAGCUCAUAGCUCUGUGGACUGGUUAAUAGUGGUAGUUGAAAAUGAUGCCAAGAAAAAAAACAAAACCAACAUCCUUCCCAGAACUUCUAUUGUGGACAAAAUAAGAAACGAUUUUUGUAAUAAGCAGAGUGACAGGUGUGUCGUGCUCUCCGACCCCUUGAAGGACUCUUCUCGAACUCAGGAAUCCUGGAAUGCCUUCCUGACCAAACUCAGGACAUUGCUUCUUAUGUCAUUUACCAAAAACCUAGGCAAGUUUGAGGAUGACAUGAGAACCUUAAGGGAGAAGAGGACUGAGCCAGGCUGGAGCUUUUGUGAAUAUUUCAUGGUCCAGGAGGAGCUGGCCUUUGUUUUCGAGAUGCUGCAGCAGUUUGAGGAUGCCCUGGUGCAGUAUGAUGAGCUGGAUGCUCUAUUCUCUCAGUACGUGGUCAACUUCGGCGCGGGCGAUGGUGCCAACUGGCUGACUUUUUUCUGUCAGCCAGUGAAGAGCUGGAAUGGACUGAUCCUGCGAAAGCCCAUAGACAUGGAGAAGCGGGAGUCAAUCCAGAGGCGAGAAGCCACACUGUUAGAUCUGCGCAGCUACCUGUUCUCUCGCCAGUGCACUUUGCUCCUCUUCCUGCAGAGGCCAUGGGAGGUGGCCCAGCGUGCCCUGGAGCUGCUGCACAACUGUGUGCAGGAACUGAAGCUCUUGGAAGUCUCUGUCCCGCCCGGUGCCUUGGACUGUUGGGUGUUUCUGAGCUGUCUGGAGGUGUUGCAGAGAAUAGAAGGCUGCUGUGACCGGGCACAGAUCGAUUCAAACAUUGCCCAUACUGUGGGGCUGUGGAGCUAUGCCACGGAAAAGCUAAAGUCCUUGGGCUAUCUGUGUGGACUUGUGUCAGAAAAAGGACCAAACUCUGAAGAUCUCAAUAGGACAGUUGACCUUCUGGCAGGUUUGGGAGCUGAGCGACCUGAAACAGCCAAUGCAGCUCAGAGUCCUUAUAAGAAACUCAAGGAAGCACUGUCAUCAGUGGAAGCUUUUGAAAAACACUACUUAGAUUUGUCCCACGCCACCAUUGAAAUGUAUACAAGCAUUGGGAGGAUUCGAUCUGCAAAAUUUGUUGGAAAAGAUCUGGCAGAGUUUUACAUGAGGAAAAAAUCUCCACAAAAGGCAGAAACAUAUCUUCAAGGAGCAUUGAAAAAUUACCUGGCUGAGGGCUGGGCAUUACCCAUCACACACACAAGGAAGCAGCUGGCUGAAUGUCAAAAGCACCUUGGACAAAUGGAAAACUACCUUCAGACCAGUAGCCUGUUAGCCAGUGAUUGUCACCUGACUGAAGAGGAGCGGAAGUACUUCUGCCAGGAGAUACUCAACUUUGCCAGCCAGCAGUCAGACAGUCUAGGUCACAAGAUUGUACUCCCUAUGCAUUCCUUUGCACAACUGAGAGAUCUCCAUUUUGAUCCUUGCAACGCCGUGGUCCAUGUGGGUGGCAUUUUGUCUUUUGAGAUAACCAUGUGCAGUCAGAUGCCUGUGCCUGUUCACGUGGAGCAGAUUGCUGUCAAUGUCCAUUUCAGCGUUGAGAAAAACAGCUACCGGAAGACUGCUGAGUGGCUUACCAAGCACAAGACGUCCAAUGGGAUUAUUAAUUUUCCAGCUGAGACCCCUCCUUUCCCUGCAUCUCAGAACAGCUUACCUGCCUUGGAGUUGUAUGAGAUGUUUGAGAGAAGUCCUUCUGAUAAUUCAUUGAACACGACAGGGAUUAUUUGCAGAAAUGUCCACAUGCUCCUGAGAAGGCAGGAGAGCAGCUCUUCCCUGGACAUGCCCUCAGGGAUAGCUCUGGAGGAGGGGGUCCACGUACUGAAGUGUAGUGACGUGACCCUGGAGCCAGGGCCCAACAGGAUAACAUUCAGGACUCAGGCCAAGGAACCUGGAACAUAUACGCUCAGGCAACUGUGUGCCUCGGUGGGCCCUGUAUGGUUUGUCCUUCCUCACAUCUACCCCAUUGUGCAGUAUGAUGUGUACUCUCAGGAGCCCCAGCUGCAUGUGACACCACUGACUGAUAGCCUUUUGGCAGGUAUUCCUCAGAAAGUCAAGUUCACUGUCACUACUGGCCAUUAUACAAUAAAAAAUGGGGACAGCCUCCAGCUCAGCAAUGCAGAAGCCAUGCUCAUUCUGUGUCAGACAGAGAACAGAGCUGUGAUCUACUCUAACACGAGAGCCCCAGCACCUGGAGGGGAGAGUGACAUGCUGGGGACGCCAGAGCCCCAUAGGAAGCAUAAGGACAAACAGAAAACUGGCCACUGCAUGGUUACCACAGACCACAAAGUGUCAAUUGACUGCCCGUGGUCCAUCUACUCAACUGUCAUCUCGCUGACCUUCAGUGUGCCCUUCCAGACCACUCAUGCCCUGCUGUCUGCUGGAACACGGAAAUAUGUUCAAGUUUGUGUCCAGAAUUUGUCAGAACUUGACUUUCAGCUGUCAGAUAGUAAUCUUAUAGAUACUGGUGAUAGUACCGACCUGCAUCUAAUACCAUUGAACACGCAAUCCCAGCAGCGCAUCUCCAGCAAGCAGUCGGUGUUCUUUGUCUGGGAGUUGAAGUGGACUCAAGAGCCCCCCCCUUCUCUGCAUUGCCAGUUCUCCGUUGGAUUUUCCCCGACUUCUGAAGAACGGCUGUCUGUCUCCUUAAAGCCAUAUACUUACGAAUUUCAAGUGGAAAAUUUUUUUACAUUAUAUAAUGUGAAGGCUGAGAUCUUUCCCACUUCGGGAAUGGAGUACUGUAGAACAGGCUCACUCUGCUCCUUGGAGGUACUGAUCACACGGCUCUCAGACCUCUUGGAGGCGGAUAAGGAUGAAUCCCUGACUGAAUCUGAUGAGUAUUUUUCAACAAAGCUUAUGUAUGAAGUUGUCGACAACAGCAGCAACUGGGCCGUGUGCGGGAAAAGCUGUGGUGUCAUCUCCAUGCCGGUGGCUGCUCAGGCCACUCACAGGGUCCACAUGGAGGUGAUGCCACUCUUCGCAGGCUACCUCCCUCUGCCUGAUGUCAGGCUGUUCAAGUACCUCCCCCAUCAUUCUGCGCACUCCUCACAGCUUGAUGCUGAUAGCUGGAUAGAAAACGACAGCCUGUCGGUGGACAAGCACAUGGACGACCCGCUGGACAGCAGCAGUGUCAAGAGCAGAGGCAGUGUGCACUCAACCUCCAGCGGUGAGCACAAAGGCCUGCCCAUGCCCCGGCUGCAGGCGCUGCCCGCCGGCCAGGUGUUCAAUGCCAGCGCUGGCAUGCAGAUCCUGGUCAUCCCCAGCCAAGACGACCAUGUCCUGGAAGUCAGUGUCACAUGACAGCACCUUGGGCAAGCAGAUGCCACAGCCUAGCUGUGAGUGCACUUUACGGGACUGUGACUAGAUUUCUUCUCUGUUCUGGCUCCAGCCAGACUGUUGGUGAUCCUGCCUGGCCGUGAAGGUGUCAGAGAAUGUCAUUGUACAGCUGAAUUCUCAUGUCAUUUUCAUGUUGUAUGUGUUGUCUAAAGUCACUUGUUUUCUCAUCCCCAUCCCUGUGCUGUUGUCCUACAGUGUUUACACAGAGCCCUGACUUCCUUCCCUCUCCUGCUCCUAAGAGAGUUCUGCCAUGGCCUCUCCACUGAGCAGCCUUCCGUCUGCUAGCUCUUCAGGGAAGUCCGUUUGUUUUUCAGGUAGACAGGCCUUCAGUCUUCUUAGUGACAGA